AUGGGGAACGUGCGACGCUCUUCCAUUGAGUGGGUCCCGUCCUCCUCCUACGGCACCGAGUUCGGCUUCAAUGACAUCUUCAACUCCACCUUCCAGCCGGUGACCACCUCGGUCCGCUGGGUGUCCGGCAGUGUGUCCACUCACCGUGACGCCUCCGGCAACAUCAUGCUGACCCGCUUCCCGACUGUCGAGCCCGAGGUUUUCCUCGAGGCCGCCUCCGUCAUCAACCCCGACACCAACGAGCCCCUGAGCUUCUUCAACUACUGGAUCUCCCCGGACGAGCAGUUCGUCCUGCUGGCCACCGAGCGUGUCGGCGUCUGGCGCCACUCCUUCACCGCCUUCUACUUCGUGCACUCCAUGGUCGAUGGCACCACGCGUAAGCUGGAUGCCGAGCGCCUGCAGCACGUCUCCUGGGCCCCGACCGGGCACCGCCUGGUUUUCGUCAAGGGCAACGACAUCUUCCUGCUGAAGGAUGUGUCCGGGAACCUGAGCGACACCGAUCGCGUGACUCACGAUGGCAGCCUCAACAUCCUCAACGGUGUGCCCAGCUGGGUGUACGAGGAGCAGGUCUUCGGCCAUGCGCACUCCAUCUGGUGGAAUACCGACGGGACCCAGUUCGCCUUCAUGCGCUCCGAUGAGACCGACGUGCCGACCUUCCACCUGACUCGCUACGGCAACACCGACUACCCGUCCCACACGCCGGUCAAGUACCCGAAGGUCGGCUACCCGAACCCGAUCGUCCAGAUGAGCAUCAUGGACGUCGACUCCGGCACCAUUGCCAAUGUGGACUUCGAGCGUGAUGACGAGUUCAUCAUCGUCGAUGUGGCCUGGUCCAACCCGGCUCGCAUGGUUGUCCGUGUGACCGACCGCAUCCAGACCCAGGCCGACCUGUACACCGUGUCGCACGAGCGCCCGACCGCGCAGCAGAUCUCCUCCCAGGCCCGGGCCAAGGGUUGGGUCGACUACUUCUCCAUCCUCACGGUCCCGGCCACCGAUGCCGCGGCCGAGCGCUACGUCGACAUCAUCGAGGUCAAUGGGUACAACCAUCUGGCCCUCUUCUCCUUCGACAGCCCGAAGCCCGUGCGCCACCUGACCUCCGGCGAGUGGGAGGUCACCGCCUAUGCGGCCUUCGACCCGGAGACCGGCACCAUCUUCUACUUCAGCACGGAGAACGGGGCCAUCGAGCGCAACCUCUACUCCGUCAACCUGGACGCCUCCAUUCCCAAGCGCCACAUCACCGCCGAGCAGCCCGGCUGGUACACGGCCUCCUUCAGCCCGGAUGCCAAGUUCUACCUGCUGAACUACCGCGGCCCGUCGGUUCCCACCCAGCAUAUCUACUCGACCGCCGACCCGGCCUUCCGCCAUGUGGUCCAGGAGAACCGCGCCCUGGCGGAGCUCCUGUCCACGUAUGCCAUGCCGCAGGUGCACUACACCAAGCUGCGCAUCGGGGACUACGAUCUGGAUGUGUCCCUCACCGCGCCGGCCGGCUUCGACUUCAACAGCUCCAAGAAGCACCCGAUGCUGCUGCAUGUGUAUGGUGGCCCCGACUCGCAGAUGGUCACCCGGGAGUUCCCGGCCAACGACUGGCACACCUACCUGGUGUCCUCGCUGGGGUACAUCAUUGUCCGGGCUGACGCUCGCGGCACUCGUGGCCGUGGCAAUGUCUUCAAGAACUCCGUCUACCUGAACCUCGGUGACUAUGAGGUGGCCGACCAGAUUGCCGUUGCCGAGCACUUCUCCAAGGCCCGCUACGUUGACCCGAAGCGUGUCUUUGUUUGGGGCUGGUCCUAUGGCGGUUACAUGACCUCCAAGAUCCUGGAGCGUGAUGCCGGCUCCAUCAUCCGCAAGGGUGUUGCCGUGGCCCCGGUCACCGACUGGCGCUUCUAUGACACCAUCUACACCGAGCGCUUCAUGUCCACCCCGCAGCUGAACGGCGAGAAGUACAAGUCCUCGGCCCUGACCAAGUUCGACUCGUUCAAGAACGUCGACUACUUCCUCAUCCAUGGCACUGAUGAUGACAAUGUCCACUUCCAGCAGGCCGUCGUCUUCUCCAACAACCUGACCCAGGCGUCGGUCCGUUUCGAGCAGCACUACUACACCGACAGUGACCAUCGCGUCAACACCGGUGCCCGCACCCAGCCCGAUCUCUAUUCUCGUAUCACCGACUUCCUCGAGGAGAAGGUCGGCGUCGCUGAGGAGCUCUAA